AUGUCGAAAUCGGAUGACAGUCAACCGCUCAAGAACAUCGUCGUGUUUGUGAUCUAUUCAGCAGUUUUCAUUCUCAUGUUUAUCCUCCUUGCGAAGAGACAGAUUUUCCGAAUGAAGCUUCGGUACGACAAAAACUUCGACACGGGAAAUGUUAAUCUUCUCCCGAAAUCAUUUAUCGAUUCUGUGGAUGAAAAGCUUGCAGCGGCAAUAAAAGCGCGCCAUCCUCCCCAACUGUUGCCAAGUUUGGACGAGGAAGUGACAGAUCUGUGGCCGGAAACGAAGGUCCGCAUGCGUGCUUUGGCAAUCGUGGACGAGACGUUUAUCAAGGAGCUGGAACCACUAGGAGACGAUAUUGCUAAAACACCAGAAGAAGAUAUUCUCGAAUGGUAUGAAAGGAUCGCGAAGAAGUUUUCGACGCAGAAUAUCAGCGCUCAAAACUUUCGCACUCUGGUAAAUGCAAUUCACGACUCCUACGUUCACGCUCGCUACAUGGCCGAGCCAUUUCCAACUAAAAACUACCACCAACUCGCCGAGAACUGCAAAACGGCCUUGGAGCGGCUCAGAAAAGUGGCAAAAAGAUAUCCUAACAGCAAGAAAAAGUCCAAGAGCGCGACAGCUCAAGCCAUUGGCACGGCGAAAAACGCCUUUCAAGCCGGGGCAACAAUAUUCACAACAGCAAUACGCGGCGGUUCUUCAAAGGAGGAGCAUCAAAAACUUUUGUAA